CCCACCCUCCCCAAGGGUUUAAAUGUCGCUGUCCCCCACUUCUGACGCUCGCACCUCUCCGGGACACGGCAGCAUGAAGGCGGUGGCCGCCCUCCUCCUGGUGGGGAUGCUCAUCCUCUGGGCAGAACUGCCAACAGGCAGCGCCUGGUCCUGCCCGCCCGUGCGCUUCAUCUGCGCCUUGCACAACCCACCCAACCACUGCCUCACCGACCGGCACUGCCCCCGCGGCAAGAAGUGCUGCCAGACCUUCUGCGGGAGGAAAUGCAUCUCCAAGCCGCCCAAAAUCCCCGUCACCUACGUGUGAGCUCCGGCUUCCAGGAUACUCUGAGGGUCAUCUCAGCAUUGCCAUCCCAGCUCAGCUCCAGGAUCGCUCUGUGACAGCUGCUGCUCUGUGCCACCCCCUUCCCCUCUCCCUCACCACUCUUUUAGCAA